GAAGCACCGAAGCGAAACUUAAGGAAUCCUGCCUUCCCGGAGCCGCGGGCGAUGCGACUCGGGCUGCCGGGCGCCGCCGCCGCCCGCCCGGCUUCGUCCUUCCCGACAGUCAGGAACUAGUUCUGACCCUCGCCCCCCGGAUCCGGAUCGAAUCCCUGCCCUCCGCACCCUGGAUAUGUUUUCUCCCAGACCUGGAUAUUUUUUUGAUAUUGUGAAACUACGAGGGAAAUAACUUGGGAGAUUUCUUCUUGGCUCCCUGCUUUGCCCACAGACAUGCCUUCAGUUUGGAGGGCCGCGGCACCCCGUCCGAGGCGAAGGAACACCCCCAGCCGCAGGGGAGAGAAAUGAAGGGAAUUUCUGCAGCGGCAUGAAAGCUCUGCAGCUAGGUCCUCUCAUCUGCCAUUUGUCCUUUCAAACUGCAUUGUGAUACGGGCAGGAUCAGUCCACGGGAGAGAAGACGAGCCUCCCGGCUGAUUCUCCGCCUCUCUACUUCCCAUAUUUCUUUUCUUUGCCCUCCUGCUUCUUGGCUGGCCCAGGGAUGACUUCCUCGCUGCAGCGGCCCUGGCGGGUGCCCUGGCUACCAUGGACCAUCCUGCUGGUCAGCACUGCGGCCGCUUCGCAGAAUCAAGAACGGCUAUGUGCAUUUAAAGAUCCAUAUCAGCAAGACCUUGGGAUAGGUGAGAGUAGAAUCUCUCAUGAAAAUGGGACAAUAUUAUGCUCAAAAGGUAGCACCUGCUAUGGCCUUUGGGAGAAAUCAAAAGGGGACAUAAAUCUUGUAAAACAAGGAUGUUGGUCUCACAUUGGAGAUCCCCAAGAGUGUCACUAUGAAGAAUGUGUAGUAACUACCACUCCUCCCUCAAUUCAGAAUGGAACAUACCGUUUCUGCUGUUGUAGCACAGAUUUAUGUAAUGUCAACUUUACCGAGAAUUUUCCACCUCCUGACACAACACCACUCAGUCCACCUCAUUCAUUUAACCGAGAUGAGACAAUAAUCAUUGCUUUGGCAUCAGUCUCUGUAUUAACUGUUUUGAUAGUUGCCUUAUGCUUUGGAUACAGAAUGUUGACAGGAGACCGUAAACAAGGUCUUCACAGUAUGAACAUGAUGGAGGCAGCAGCAUCUGAACCCUCUCUUGACCUAGAUAAUCUGAAACUGUUGGAGCUGAUUGGCCGAGGUCGAUAUGGAGCAGUAUAUAAAGGCUCCUUGGAUGAGCGUCCAGUUGCUGUAAAAGUGUUUUCAUUUGCAAACCGCCAGAAUUUUAUCAACGAAAAGAACAUUUACAGAGUGCCUUUGAUGGAACAUGACAACAUUGCCCGCUUUAUAGUUGGAGAUGAGAGAGUCACUGCAGAUGGGCGCAUGGAAUAUUUGCUUGUGAUGGAGUAUUAUCCCAAUGGAUCUUUAUGCAAGUAUUUAAGUCUCCACACAAGUGACUGGGUAAGCUCUUGCCGUCUUGCUCAUUCUGUUACUAGAGGACUGGCUUAUCUUCACACAGAAUUACCACGAGGAGAUCAUUAUAAACCUGCAAUUUCCCAUCGAGAUUUAAACAGCAGAAAUGUCCUAGUGAAAAAUGAUGGAACCUGUGUUAUUAGUGACUUUGGAUUGUCCAUGAGGCUGACUGGAAAUAGACUGGUGCGCCCAGGGGAGGAAGAUAAUGCAGCCAUAAGCGAGGUUGGCACUAUCAGAUACAUGGCACCAGAAGUGCUAGAAGGAGCUGUGAACUUGAGGGACUGUGAAUCAGCUUUGAAACAAGUAGACAUGUAUGCUCUUGGACUAAUCUAUUGGGAGAUAUUUAUGAGAUGUACAGACCUCUUCCCAGGGGAAUCCAUACCAGAGUACCAGAUGGCUUUUCAGACAGAGGUUGGAAACCAUCCCACUUUCGAGGAUAUGCAGGUUCUUGUGUCUAGGGAAAAACAGAGACCCAAGUUCCCAGAAGCCUGGAAAGAAAAUAGUCUGGCAGUGAGGUCACUCAAGGAGACAAUCGAAGACUGUUGGGACCAGGAUGCAGAGGCUCGGCUUACUGCACAGUGUGCUGAGGAAAGGAUGGCUGAACUUAUGAUGAUUUGGGAAAGAAACAAAUCUGUGAGCCCAACAGUCAAUCCAAUGACUACUGCUAUGCAGAAUGAACGCAACCUGUCACAUAAUAGGCGUGUGCCAAAAAUUGGUCCUUAUCCAGAUUAUUCUUCCUCCUCAUACAUUGAAGACUCUAUCCAUCAUACCGACAGCAUCGUGAAGAAUAUUUCCUCUGAGCAUUCUAUGUCCAGCACACCUUUGACUAUAGGGGAAAAAAACCGAAAUUCGAUUAACUAUGAACGACAGCAAGCACAAGCUCGAAUACCCAGCCCUGAAACAAGUGUCACCAGCCUCUCCACCAACACAACAACCACAAACACCACAGGCCUCACACCAAGUACUGGCAUGACUACUAUAUCUGAGAUGCCAUACCCAGAUGAAACAAAUCUGCAUGCCACAAAUGUUGCACAGUCAAUUGGGCCAACCCCUGUCUGCCUACAGCUGACAGAAGAAGACUUGGAGACCAACAAGCUAGACCCAAAAGAAGUUGAUAAGAACCUCAAGGAAAGCUCUGAUGAGAAUCUCAUGGAGCACUCUCUUAAACAGUUCAGUGGGCCAGACCCACUGAGCAGUACUAGUUCUAGCUUGCUUUACCCACUCAUAAAACUUGCAGUAGAAGCAACUGGACAGCAGGACUUCACACAGGCUGCAAAUGGCCAAGCAUGUUUAAUUCCUGAUGUUCUGCCUACUCAGAUCUAUCCUCUCCCCAAGCAACAGAACCUUCCCAAGAGACCUACUAGUUUGCCUUUGAACACCAAAAAUUCAACAAAGGAGCCCCGGCUAAAAUUUGGCAGCAAGCACAAAUCAAACUUGAAACAAGUCGAAACUGGAGUUGCCAAGAUGAAUACAAUCAAUGCAGCAGAACCUCAUGUGGUGACAGUCACCAUGAAUGGUGUGGCAGGUAGAAACCACAGUGUUAACUCCCAUGCUGCCACAACCCAAUAUGCCAAUGGGACAGUACCAUCUGGCCAAACAACCAACAUAGUGACACAUAGGGCCCAAGAAAUGUUGCAGAAUCAGUUUAUCGGUGAGGAUACCCGGCUGAAUAUUAAUUCCAGUCCUGAUGAGCAUGAGCCUUUACUGAGACGAGAACAACAAGUUGGCCAUGAUGAAGGUGUUCUGGAUCGUCUUGUGGACAGGAGGGAACGACCACUAGAAGGUGGCCGAACUAAUUCCAAUAACAACAACAGCAAUCCAUGUUCAGAACAAGAUGUUCUUACACAGGUUGUUCCAAGCACAGUAGCAGAUCCUGGGCCAUCAAAGCCCAGAAGAGCACAGAGGCCUAAUUCUCUGGAUCUUUCAGCCACAAAUGUCCUGGAUGGCAGCAGUAUACAGAUAGGUGAGUCAACACAAGAUGGCAAAUCAGGAUCAGGUGAAAAGAUCAAGAAACGUGUGAAAACUCCCUAUUCUCUUAAGCGGUGGCGCCCCUCCACCUGGGUCAUCUCCACUGAAUCACUGGACUGUGAAGUCAACAACAAUGGCAGUAACAGGGCAGUUCAUUCCAAAUCCAGCACUGCUGUUUACCUUGCAGAAGGAGGCACUGCCACAACCAUGGUGUCUAAAGAUAUAGGAAUGAACUGUCUGUGAAAUGUUUUCAAGCCUAUGGAGUGAAAUUAUUUUUUGCAUCAUUUAAACAUGCAGAAGAUGUUUAAAAAAAAAAAACUGCUUUAUCCUCCUGUCAGCACCCCCUCCCACCCCUGCAACAAGGACUUGCUUUAAAUAGAUUUCAGCUAUGCAGAAAAAUUUAGCUUAUGCUUCCAUAUUUUUAAAUUUUGUUUUUUAAGUUUUGCACUUUUGUUUAGUCUCGCUAAAGUUAUAUUUGUCUGUUAUGACCACAGAGUUAUAUGUGUGUGUAUCAAAAGUGGUCUCAAAAUAUUUUUUUAAGAAAAAAAGCAAAAACAAUGUAUUGCUGAUAAUCAGUUUGGACCAGUUUCUUAAGGUCAUUAAAACAGAAGCAAAUUAAGACAGGUUUGACUGCAGUGGUAUCUGGUAUCCAUGUUUUAUUUCUGGGCACAAGCUAGUUUUUAUGUUGAUACGUUCCUGAACAUAUUAUCUUGUUGGACAUCUUUUCUCUUGUGUUUUGUUUGAAUGUGCAAUAGUUUAUAGGCCACAAAUAAGCUUUCUUGUAAGCUCUCUUCCUAACAGGGCACAUAUUCUUCCAUAAUAUAAACACUUUUCUGCCCCAUCUCCCAUACUUUUGAAGGUCAGUUCUAUGACAGUGAAUUUUGCACAGGAGAAGCAGCUACCUGAUUUCUUACUUUCUCUCUCCUUAUCAUGGAGAAUACAGAAACAUUGUCUGAAAGGGCUCUAAAGAAGGAACUACCAAAACCUGAUUUGAAAUGCCAUUUCUUUUAACCUUCCAAAUCCUGAAUGUUUCCUUCCAGGCAUUUUAAUAAACUUAUUUGCUUCUGGUUUUGGGAGUUCAUAAGAGAGACUAGAACAAAGUACAGGACAUCAAAUAUUAGCCAUUUCCCAUUUUAUUUUAUUUUUCUAUGUAUGUUCAUGAUCCAUGUUCAUUUAUUUAAGAAUACAUUUUUAUUGGUAAGCUUAUAGAGCUAUACUUAUGGAAUUUUUAAGUAGGAAAAUAAAUGGUUAAGACAAAAUAGUGUUAUAGCUUUCAUUCUCUGAAUAGGCCAUCUUUGACUCAUAAAAUUAUACUUACUGUUUAUUAUAACUUCAGAAGUAAUUUAUAGUUCUGAACCUCUAGUAUCUUUUACCCUGUUCCCAAGCGAAGACUGGUGACUUUAUCUGAAAAUGAUUCCUCUUCCCAUGACCUAAAACACUGUGAGGAAAAAUCAUUCAAGUGGCAUGGCAGGUCCCCAUGAAGGAAGGGCUGCUGUCAAACCUAACUUUUUUGAGCAGACUGAGACUAAACUUCUGUCUUUUCAAAAUUGUGUUAUCUUCCUUAAUCCUAUUUUCAUAAUUUUUCCUUUUGCCAGUUUUUCACAUUAUCUUUGAUAUGUGAGCAACAUUUAUUAUUUACAUUAGAGUAUACCUUUUAGUAAUAACAUGACUUGAAAUCACGUUAUUUUUAAAAGCCUCCUUUGCUUCUUUCAUUACUUAUAAUCUUCUCUAAAACAAACUGCAUUUUUUUUAAUAAAGCACUUUCUGUCAAAUAAUGGACUUUUUUCUAAACAGAAAUUAUUUUCUAUUUACAAACUGAUGAUUUCACUGUAAAAAAAUUUUUUUUUUUUUUAUUAUCAGAGUACUUAGUAAAUGUUAUAUAGUUAAGUUCUAAGAUAGUUCCAGGGAUUAAAAGGUUAAGAGGAAAACACAAAUCACCAAAUUUCUGAUUUAUGUUUUUAUCUCCUGAACAGUAUUUUUUCACUCAUAUUCCUCUAUCUCAUCACUUAGCUAAAGACAGCCUAAAUUUCCCAAUUUUCUGUCAUUUGUGAUUUACUUGUCUAUAAGCCUUCUCAUUUGCCAUGUGCUGUGAUCUUACAAGUUAGAUGUUACUGUACCUACCAUUUAUUCAGCUGGAUUGCUGAACACUGUUCUGGAUUCUUAGAAUUAAGAUUAUCUUGUUAGUGCCCAAGAUUUCCACGCUUUGUGUUUUAUUGGCCCUUCUCUUGAUUCAGCACCUUAACCGAUUUUCAGUCUUCUGGCACAUAAUUUUUUUCACAGUUAUUAUUCUAUUAACAAAUUAUUUGUAUCUUUCCUAGUACAUUUUCACUUAGUUCUCUUGCCUUUAAAUAUCUUUCACAUGCAUUUUAGGAUAUUCUUUUCAAAUAUUUGUAGGACAACUUUGAAUCAAAAUAAAUUAUAUUCCUUCUCCAGUUUGAAGCAUUGAGGGUAAAUAACCAUUUGAGGUCUAACUGAUCUUUUCCUGCCAGAAGAGUGAUCUUACGUUCUGCUAUAUUUGUAUUUGGGCCAGUUGAUUGUAGGUUUUCCAACAUUUUUUAAUAUUGGGAAAAUUAUAAUAAAAUGCUUUAAAAAUUAAUAUGCCAGAUUAAAAUAACUGAAUAGUUUAUUUCAUUCAAGCAUGUUUAAAACAAAUAAUUUCCUUUCACCAGUUUUUCUUAGUAAACUCCUGAAAAAGUAGGAAAGGUGGAGAGUAUAUAUCAUUUUAAUAAAUUUUAAAUUAAAUUGUACAUCAGACUGUUAAAAUCUGUAAUAUACAAGCAAGCAAAAUUAAUUACUUAUAUGCUGAUACUCAUCUGAUAAUAAAUGUUUCUUAAAGUUGACAUUUAACUGCUAUCACAAAAUUUUACAUGUAGAAAAGCAGGUCUUUUGAAUAAAAGAUCAUUCAACUAAAA